UUAACUUCAAAGCAAACAAACAGAGUCAAAAUUUAUCUAGGAUGAAAAGAUUCUUCCUUCGGUGUCGCAUAUCACACAUCUCUGUGCUGCAGAUCAAUGUGGUAUUGCUUUUGGCAGGGUUAAUCUUCCUGAUGGAUGUGUUUAACCACAUGUAUGUGAAGAACACACUGCUCAGGGACGCCACCAUUGUUCCGGGCGCUCUGCUUGCCUGGAUGUUCCUAACGCGCUUUGUUACCAUGUUGGGGUACAUCCUGAACGCGAUUCUAGGCAUCCGUAUGGCCCAGCGAAAAAGCUUGUUCAAGUUUGCAUUCUACAUGUUAAUUAGCUUUAUUCUGCUGCUGUACACGCUGAGCAUAGCAGCGUCUCGGCUUAUGUAUCGAUCACGCUUUGAGCUCACCGCCAAGAUGAUGGUUCUGCUGCUGUGGAGGAAUCACAAGUUAGGAAAGCUGGAGGAGGAGUUCGGCUGCUGUGGCGAAGCGGGCCUAAUCGAUUACCAAAUCUCAACCGAGAAACGCAACUGGGCCAGUGGAGGAUGCUGUGGGGCACAGGACUGCGACGGCUGCCUCGAUAAGCUGAUCCAGUACCUCUGGGGCAUCGAGAUGGAGGUGGCGCGGGAUAACUUUAUUCUAUUCAUUUUGCUUUUGAUAGGAGCGAUACUCAUGACGUGUGAAGUUCCACGGCGAUCAAAACGAGACAGACGAGAGGCCGGAGGAGAGAAGCAAGGGGUCAUCUAAGAAGACUGAAACCUAGGCGAGCACUCUAUAAUGAAUCUUACUUGGGGCGCAUUGAACAAAACCAUCCAGCCGUAUUGGCGAUUAAGGGAAAAAUUAACGACCUCUGCCACGGCUCUGGUCAAUUGAACUUUAAUUUAACAUUACUGCCACACCUCCAAUCAGUCCUUGUGUGGCUGGCUGUAUGUGUGUUAGCUUGUUGCGGCUCAUUAAUUAGAAGGCCGUUAUCCAAGUCCGACGCUCCGCCAGCUUGGGGUAAUGCCCGCACUUAAUUAGCCUUCAAAACGAUUGCCCUGAAAUAUAUUUUAAUGGCUUUGGGUUGAGCGUUAAGCAGAACAAUCGAAUAUGAGUUUGUGGAAUUCUCUCGAUUUAUUUGGCACAAUUGAGAUUUACUUACGUUUGUUUUUGUUUCGAGCUGCGGAUAAAAC